AUGGAACUUUUAGAGAAGAAUAUCUCAGUUAAUUGGAGAAAAAUGCUAGAGGAAAAGAUGUCCGGAUGUGGACUUAAACCUAAGCCUCAUAUCGAGUCUCGGACUCAUCCAAAUGCAAGAGGAUUGAGAAACAAACCAUUUCCAUAUUAUGAAAGUGCUUCAAUCAUUUUUGUCAAGUACUAUGCUAAUGAUGCAGGAGAUGAAAAUGUUGCAGAUCAUGUAGAGGAAUUAUCACCGGACUCAAAUAGCGGAGAAGAUAUGUGUGAAGAAAUUGAUUUGUCAAGUAUUUUAACACAAACUGCACGUGGUACUCAAAACAUUGGUUCUAUUACUAUAAAAAGGGUUAGAGGAAGUGACCAAUUGUCGUAUAAAAUUGCUAACGAUACCAAACAAUUGAGACUGGUUUUUAGCGCUGCAAUUGACAACAUUGCAAAGCUUGCAAGUGCUUUCCGUUUGAGGCUGAUAGUGCUGAAUGAAGGAUAA